UUUUUUUUUUCUGCCGCUUAGCCCAGCAAGCUGCUGCACGCUGUUUGAAGGCCCCCCUGCACAGGGUGGGAAUCUUGGCGGGGCCCGCCCAUGGGAUACGGAACACCGGCGCAUUGAUUCUCCGCCGCCCCUCCAAGGGACUCACCUCAGGUCACUGGAGCUGAGGUGCGAGGGAGAGAGCAUUGGCCAGCGGCGCCCGGGGGGCGGGUGCGCUCUUCGGGGGGCGCUUCGUCAUUGUUGCGCCUCACCACACUCUUCGUUUCAGUGGCCGAGCUGCUGUCCUACCUACCGCUACGAAAACCGUCCUACCACCCACACACCCAUCGCGAAGGCAGCAACUUACAACUUUCGUGCGUCCCUGAUUCCAUCCGAACCGAAACUUCACAUCAUUUCACCCACCGGCUCAAAUCGCAACAAAUCCCUUGGAACAGCUGUCUUUAUCGACCUGACUUACCGAACAAGAUGGACGGAUCCGGCGGUGCCCCGAAGCCGAGCAGCAGCGUCAAGCUGGUCCUGCUCGGUGAAGCUGCCGUAGGAAAGUCAUCGCUUGUAUUGCGCUUCGUCAACAACGACUUCCAGGAGAAUAAGGAGCCCACCAUCGGAGCCGCCUUCUUAACACAAAAGUGCAACCUACCGACCCGGACGAUCAAGUUCGAGAUCUGGGAUACCGCCGGCCAGGAGCGGUUCGCCUCGCUGGCGCCCAUGUACUAUCGCAACGCCCAGGCCGCCCUCGUCGUCUACGACCUCACGAAGCCCACGUCACUCGUCAAGGCCAAGCACUGGGUGGCGGAACUCCAACGACAGGCCUCGCCAGGCAUCGUCAUCGCCCUCGUCGGCAACAAGCUCGAUCUGACAAACGACGCCGAGACCGGAUCCGCCGGCGAUAACGAGGAGGCCGACGGAGAGGACUCUGGCGACGCUAGGAAGGUUUCGACAGAGGAGGCCAAGACGUACGCCGAGGAGGAGAGCCUGCUCUUCUUCGAGACCAGUGCCAAGACGGGCCACAAUGUCACCGAGGUCUUCACGGCCAUCGCCAACGCCAUUCCCGAGACGUCGUUGAAGAGCGCGCGGGGUCCGGGCGCAUCGCACGCCGUGAGCCGCGGCGCAGAGGACCAGCAACGGGUCAACCUCACGGGCUCGAGGGAUGCGGCGGCGAAGGAGGGUUGUGCCUGUUAAAGUUGUAGAAUGGGGAAACUGCGUGCUUGUGUAACAUCUCGAGAAAGGAUGAUUAUUGGUUUUGCAAAGGAGGGAUUCCUUUUUUAUUUUUGGCCGUUUUUCCAACCUCCCCCUUCAUCAUUUUGGAGUCGAUCAGUUUUUAUGCGCUGCAUUUCUGCUAUAGGGUUUCAUUUAUGGGAGCGUCCAUCCGGCAGUAAAUGGAGAGUUCGUCAUGAGUCGAAAUUCAGACACAGUCGCUUUGCACCACUUUACAUGCCGACUCCCCCGUCAUGGUCGUGGUGUAAAAUGGUCCUACUUGUGCUGGCAAAGUUCGCGAAGAAGACAUUGGGAAGGAUUGCGGGUCAGUUUGAAGCUGAUGCUUCGUAGUGCAUUAUGUAGACGGAAUCUCAUCAUUCAAGAAUACUUAUGGC